CCGGGAAGUUUGCACAAAUGUUGAUUGUUACAAAGGAAGAUGUUAUUGAACUACUCAGUUUCAUGCUGGACGCUGAUUUUAACGAACAAGUAUUAAAGUGUUACCCAAAGGAAAUAUAUAAAAUAAACGAUAUUUGCAACGCACUAACAUUUGAGGACUGUCCUACUGAAAUUUUGGAGAAUUUGAAUGGCUUUAUGUGUGGGCAUUACCCACCGUACAUUGCUAUUCCCCGUACUCGUCAUUCAUCUUCGUCGUUGGCCGACUUAGGUCAGCUUAUGCUUCAGUCGAAGUUUGCUCGCUGCCGAACAAGAUUUGUUGUCCCAUCCUUUUCUUUUAAACACAAGAAUAUAUGCCGAUGUAGUACUUUAAGCGGCCCAUUAGAGUUUUAUGGUCGCCAAGUUGCCACAGCUGCAGGCUUUACUUUUGAUGGACAUGUCAGUAACUCUUCAGGAGGAGAGUUUCCAGAUACAAGUUUUGAGACAGAAAACGGACGUCACAGUUUAGAAAAAUUACGUGAUGAUGAUUGUGAAUUAAUUCGUCGUUUAAAUGUCACCUAUAUUUGUGAUUUUAUGUUGGAGUACAGAAAGAUAAAAUGUUGGGUUCCAAUCAGUUCAUCAGAAAAGGUGGAUCAACAAGGACGCUAUAAUGAUUUCGUAGUCAUACCUCUCCCUUAUCCUGGCAGCGAAUUUUUCCGUAUAUGGCGUGAUUCUGGUUAUGCUAUGCAUCAUGUAUACUUUGACUGGAAUCGGUCAGGAGUUGAGGUGUCCGUCAAUCCAAACCUUAUACCGAAAACUCUGUUUUCUUGCUCAGUAGAAUGGGACUUGUACAAGUCCUGGGAUAUAUAUACAAUUACUGUGAACUACAUGAAAUUGCUUCUUGGAUUACUUUACGAAGGUGCUGGAGGCUUACUAUUACAUUGUGUUUCUGGAUGGGAUCGUACACCAUUGUUUAUUUGUCUACUUCGCUGUUUACUUUGGGCUGAUGAUUUAAUGCAUUGUAGUUUAACACCUAUUCAAAUGUUAUAUCUUACUCUUGGAUAUGAUUGGUUCUUGUUUGGUCAUAAAUUGAAAACACGUAUGGAAUUGGGUGAAGAAAUACUCCGAUUUACUUUUCAAUUUAUCGGUGAAAUGGCUAAAUGUACAGAAUUAUCACUUCGCAGAGUCUAUGAUAUUCACGUUACUGAUGGGUCUAAAAGUUCAGAUUCGGAUGAUUCUUCGUUUAUUGAUUUACGCUCCAGUGAUGAUUUACAACCCUUAAGGCAAUCACGAUUAGAAGAAUUGUCAAAUUUAUUCUUUGAAUUUUGGAAUGAAGAAACUAAAAGACGUGAAGUUCAAUCUAUUAUCAACAGUAUUGGACCCACUGCCAACGAAUCUGUAGUUCCGGAUAAAAAUACCCAGUCAAUAUCAAAUUCUGAAGGAAAAUCAACUUUUAAUAGUGAUGAUGAAUCAUCAUCAGGUCAUGAAAACUAUACAUCCAGAAAUAGCAAUAAACCCUCUGAAAAUCAAAAUUCAAUUGUUUCUCAAAUAUCAAAUGCUUUAAAUUCAGCUGUAUCGGUGGUUACCUCAAAUUUCGUCACACCAUUAUUAUCAUCCUCGUCGUUGUCAGUGCCAUCAUCUUCAGACUCAAUCAGAACAGUAAAUGAAAGUAACGAAGAUCCUCCUAGUACCACAUGA